AUGAAUACUACUAGUUUUACAGCAUCAAACACUAGUGAGGAUCCGGAAAACUUUGUGGAGAAAUUGAAGAAAGUGUUUGAGGUAAUGCAUGUGGUUAAUGUUGAGAGGGUUCAAUUAGUUGCAUACCAACUGAAGAGUGUGGCUAGGACAUGGUUUGACCAAUGGAAGGGAGGCAGAGCUGAGGAUGCACCACAUCCAAGUUGGGCUUGCUUCGAAAAAGCCUUCUUGGGGAGCAAGAAAGGCAGGGUUGCAAUGUUGAUUGGUGACAUACACAUAUCAAAGCUAAUGGUCUCUGUGGAGAAAGUUGAGGAGGAAAAGUUGAUGGAUAGAGACGAGUACAUGAACAAGAUAGCCAAUCCUAGGAAUGAGUCUAGGCAACAAAAAGGUGUAGUAGGAAUCACUCUGGCUUCUGUCGCAAACGAUCAAACCGAGAAUUGCAUGAGAGAAUGUCCAAAGAGUAAGCAAUGUGGUCGUAAUGGGGGCAAUAGAGAUCAAUCAUCAUCAGCUGCUCCACCAGACAGAGUUGCACCUAGGGGAGCUACUUCCGGUACUAGCGGAGGAACAAACCGCUUGUAUGCUCUCAAUAAUUGCCAAGAGAAUUUACCAAAUAUUGUCACUGAACCAGGGGUGAGUUUAUCGUUCGUAACUCCCUAUGUUGCUAUGAACUUAAAGAAUAUUCCUGAGCAACUUAGGGAAUCAUUCAAUGUUUCCACACCUACUGGUGAAUUCAUUCUUUUCGAAAGCGUUUAUCAUGAUUGUCCUAUUUAA